CACAACAUUUCUGAAUUGCGUAAACAAUAAUCAGCUGUGCCUAUUUCGUUUCCAUCAAACACGAGCACUUGAAUUCACCGGUAUAAACGAAAAACAAAUAUUUUCAUAUUAUUUGCUUUAUAAAUAUAACCACGGAUUUUUUGUAACACGAAAAUGGUGCAUUUGUUUAAAUCUACUGCAAAGUAUUUGUUAAAAAAUGCACAACAACUGCCAGUUAGGCGAAGCAUUUCCGCGCUGUACAUAACCGGUGAUAAGGCGCAAAAGAAUUAUGCACCACUUCAGCCGUAUAUGGAUUUUGAGGGUACACUUAACAAUCUGGGGACUUUGGAAAAAAGUAUAAAAGCGCGUAAAUUGCAGAUAAAUCUUGAUGAAUUAAAAGCAAAGUAUGUGAAAUUUCAAAGUAUGAAAAAUCAAAUAAAGCAAACUGAGGCUGAACGUGAGUCAGUGUCGAAGACGCUAAAGGAGCUAAAUAAAGUAGAUACUGCCACAAAAGAAGAAAUCGAAAAAUUGAAGGAAAAAGGGGUGAGUUUGCGUAAUGUCUUAAAAUCACUUAAAACGGAGAACUAUCCAAUUGAAGAAGACUUUGUGCACUCAUUUCUAAAUUUGCCGAAUCAAUUGGAUCCGCAAUGUCCACAAGGCAAUGUUGAAAAGUUGCUUUACCGCAGUUCAACGCCACGAUGUGAAGAGCAGCGGCCCACGCAUUUGGCCAAUAAGGAGCUCAUACGUUUUUACAAUAAUAAUCGGUACUAUCUGUUCGGCACACCAGCAGAAUUCGAUGUAUACAGCAUGCAAGCGUUGACAAAUUAUUAUGUGAAAAAAGGUGGCUUCCUACAAAUGGCUAACCCGGACUUUGCGCGUCUGGUGCUUUUAGAGGCGAGUGCAACACCGUUGGAAAAAUAUCACUUGGUGAAAGAGGAGGACCUACUCAGUGAGGUCAACCGAGCAUACUUGACAGGUGGUGCAACAUUUGAAGGAUUCCUAGCAGCUUUUGCGCGUCUUCUUGUUUUGCCCAAAGCAUUGCCAAUUCCUAUGGUGGCUCCUGGUAGAAGUUAUGUUAAAGUAGCAAAUAAAGAAGGACAAAUUGAUAACCUUUUUACUGCCACACAAACAAAUGCUGUACAAACAUUUGUCGCCACCAAAACUGCAGGCGAGGCAGAGGAGCAAAUGCAUAAGAUCUUAAAUUUAGCGGUAGACUUCUACAAAGAAUUAGGUGUGCAUUUUCAGAUAAUCUAUGAGGACGCGAGUGUGCUAACUAAUGCCGAAUGCCUACGUGCAAGCAUACAAAUGUACUCACCGGCAGAACAACGCUAUAUAUGCGUGGGAAAUGUUAGCAACUAUGGUGAUUUUGUGUCGAAACGUAUAAUGUUUUGUAUUCGUGAACAGAAAGGCUAUGCUUUUCCACAUUUAGUGAGCGGAAAUGUGCUGCACGUAACGCGACUAAUUGCAUUGUUGUUGGAAAAUGGUGUAAACCUUGAAGACUGUAAGCUACUCGGAGAUCCAGAUAGUGAAGUGAAAGCUGCGAAUGCAGCUGUGAAUGAAUUUAAGGAUUUAUUUAAAUAGAAAAUGUUGCGCGAUAAUGAACUUAGUGUAAUUUCUUUUGCUCAGAAGUUUCUUGUGUUUUUUGCGACAUGGAAAAAUGCAUUGUUGCUGCUUGCCAAUAAAAUGGCGAAAAAUUAAGCAAUAUAUUAAUAUUAUAAAUUAAAGUAUAAUUGUUUAUAUAUAGUCAGAAUGCUAUGCUGUUUUUAAAGUUAAUAAAAAUAGAUGAACUGACUGCCAUGAUAAAAAGUUAUUAACUUCUUAAUUAAAAAUAAAUAAAAAAAGUGCGGAACUGAACUUCUUAAAAUAAAAACAACUAUAAUUUCUAAUCAAAUAUUAAGCAAAUCUAACAAACUGCAUGUCAAAUUAAUUACUUGCAAUAGGCAUUAAAUUGGAAAAUAAAUAUUUAAAAAAAUUAUAACAAAACAAUAUUAAAUAAUAAAAAUAAAAUUAAAAAAAGAAUAUUGUGAAAAAAUAUUUAAAAAUGUAAAAAAAAAAUUAUAAAAAAAAACCUAUUAUUAAAAAAAAUAUCAUUAAAAAAAUAUUAUUAUAACAGAAAAUAUUAAAAAAAAAAAUAUUAAAAGAAAAAAUUAUUUAAAAGAAAAUGUAUAAUAUUUUUUGUUGUUGUAGAAAAAAUCCUGUAGUAAUUUCGAGGAAUGGUGCCGAGUUGACAGUCCUUGUGCGGAUAAAAAUCCGAGUCCAUUCCGGUUACUUAGACCCGACUGUAGUGGGAACGGUAAUUCGACUAAAAUCCCGUAUUGCGAUACCAGGCGCGCAGAAAUGCACAACAAGUGACAAACACCCCACCACAAAAAAAA